GUACAAAAUCAUUGCGCAGAGCAUUUCAGCUUCUCCUAUUUGUCUCUUUUCUUAUAUCUUCUGCUCUGUCUCUGUCUGUCUCUCUCUCUCGACCACUCAUUCUGCUGGACUCCUGGUUCCAUCUAUAAAUAUAAUACAGGUUACGCGGGAUAGAUGAGCUUCGAGAAUUUCUAUACUCGUGCAGACAUGAUAAUCUUAAAGUUCAUAUGCAGCGUUACACUUGCCUUGCUUCUCACUGUUUCGUAUGUUAGAGCAGCACCUAAGGAAUCUCUCAUAACUUCUUUGCCUGGCUUCGAUGGAACUCUCCCUUCUGAACAUUAUGCAGGGUAUGUUUCUAUAUAUGGAAGUCCUGGAAAAAAGAACUUGUUUUACUAUUUCAUUGCUUCAGAAAGAAAACCUUCAAAAGACCCUCUAUUACUGUGGCUUAAUGGUGGACCUGGGUGCUCCAGCUUUGAUGGCUUCAUCUAUGAACAUGGACCAUUUAAAUUCCACGCUGGAAAGCCAAAGGGAAGCUUGCCCCUAUUGCACCUCAACCCGUUCAGCUGGUCCAAGGUCUCCAACAUAAUAUAUCUGGAUUCUCCAUGUGGCGUCGGUUUAUCUUACUCCGAUAAUCCAAAGAAUUAUGUGACGGGAGACCUACAGACUGCCUCUGAUACGCAUGCGUUUCUUCUCAAGUGGUUCGAACUUUAUCCAGAGUUCCUUUCAAAUCCAUUCUAUAUUUCUGGAGAGUCUUAUGCUGGAGUUUAUGUGCCAACUCUUGCUUCGGAAGUGGUAAAAGGAAUUCAAAUUGGUGAAAUGCCUCUUAUCAAUUUCAAGGGUUACCUGGUAGGAAAUGGGGCCACAGAUGAAAAAUUUGAUGGCAAUGCUCUUGUGCCUUUUACUUUUGGAAUGGGGCUGAUUUCAAUUGACAUAUACGAGGCUUACCAAACCACAUGCGGUGGGAAAUUCUAUGAUCCUCCGAGUGAAACCUGUCAGAAGAAUCUUGAGAAAGUUGAACGGGCUGUCUCAGGUCUAAACUUUUAUGGCAUUCUCGAGCCAUGCUAUCGUAAUUCAGAGACCAAGAACGGAAGUGAAAACAAAAAUAUGCCUCUGGGCUUCCAUCAAAUGGGGAUGAACAAGAAGCCUCUCCCAAAGCAAACAAGAAAGUUUGGUCGAGCUUCACGUUUUUGGACCACAAGAGAUGCUGGAGCUUCAAGCCCUGGAUCACAGGAAGAGGUUCACGUUGAAUGUGUGGAUGAUGAAGCUGCAGUUGCAUGGUUGAAUGAUGAAGCAGUUCGCAAAGCUAUUCAUGCAGCACCGGCAAGCGUGGCAGGUUCUUGGUGGAUAUGUGCCAGUAGAGUCAGUUAUUCAGGUGAUACUGGAAGCAUGAUCCCUUACCACAAAAACUUAACUUCCCAGGGUUACCGAGUGCUCAUAUACAGUGGAGAUCAUGAUAUGACAGUACCGUUCACUGGGACUCAAGCAUGGACCAGAUCAUUGGGAUACAAGAUCAUUGAUGAAUGGAGGCCUUGGAUGACUGAUGAUCAAGUCGCAGGGUAUCUGCAAGGAUAUGACAACAACUUCACAUUCUUAACAAUCAAGGGAGCUGGGCACAUGGUCCCUCAAACCAAGCCACGAGAGGCAUUGGAGUUUUUUAGUCGCUGGUUAGAUGGAAAACCAAUAUAGCGUCAUUGUAUUCCAGCUCAUUGAAUUAAAAUGAUCUCAUCAUACAAUUUUAGCACAUGAGGACAUAUAACUUCCUCUAUGUACCUGAAACAUUGCCGAAUAAUUCAAUAGUAUCUUCUACUUUGCAGUGCU